AUGGCUUAUCCAAUAUGGGUAAUUAAUAAAAUGAAAUUAUUUUUUCUGUUUAUUGCUAUAAUUUCAGCUUGCGAAUUCUCAUGCUACUCUCAAUGCGCAACCACGUCUUGCAUACAGAACUGCGGGUGCGACUCAAGUAUUUUCAGUGGUUUCAAAUUUACACACAACUCCAUAAAGUUUUCCUUUAAAGCAUUUAAUAAUCAAGAUUUUCAGUUUAUUGAAAAUAUUGGCUGCAAUCUAAAUAAAGCUGGGCUUUGCAAACAGAAUUUCCUUGAAGAUUCUAUGUAUGACUGCUUAAUCUCAGCAGGGUGCCAAAAAAUGAUAAAUCAAGAAAAUGAACUGAAUAUGGAUGAUACAGAAUGCAUUGAUAUAUGCACGCUCAGCUGCAAAGGAAAACUAAGGGAUCAGCUAGACAAAUGCUUGGAUGCUUGUUUGAAAAGCAGCUGCUCAGGACUGCCAAGUAGUGAAAUUGGGAAGCUGAGUGGAUCAUUCGUUUUUGAAUAUGCCAGAUUUAUUGUUCUCGCGUCAAUUAGCGUAGUUGGAUGCGGAAUUUAUUUUUUGACUUCAAAGGGAAAAGUAGAAAAAAAUAAAGAAGAGCUUUAUCAAAGGCUGAUAUAA